AUGACUGCCAAAACCAUCAUCAGCUCAGUGCUACUACUUCUUAGCUGCUAUACGUCAGCCAGACUCGAUGCACAGCGCUGCUCCUGUGUGUGCGGCCCUCCAGACCAUCUCUGUCCGACGGCUCCAUUACUUCAGGUAUACUUGCAACACGAACAGUUCUGUACGCGAUUCUACAAGUGUACCGAUGGACGCGCAAUUGAGUUCCAGUGUCCGUACGGGACCUACUUCGACGUGCGAAAUUCGACAUGCAGCAACGACUUUACUUUGUGCUACCGAGCGGAUCCUUGCCUGCAGUUUGUCGACGCCUGCCGAUGCUGCUUGAGGCAGUUUGACAACACAGGGUUGGCUCCGCAAAACUUUUACGUGUGCUACAAUGAUGGCUACGCUUUGGCUCAAACAUGUCCGUUGGCAUUGGAUCCUUGUACGAACACAACGAUCCAGCUACAGUUUGUGAAUCAAAAGUGUGAGGUGCCACCUGCGCCUACUACUACCACGACGACGACAGCACCUACUACUACAACGACAACGACUGUAGCUACUACUACUACAACUACGCCAGCGCCUACUACUUAA